AUGAACAGUGUGCGAGUGGUGCUUUUAGUUGUCGGCUUAUCUCAGUGCCAAGAGCAAGGUCGAACUCCACACGAUGACCUGGAACACAUGAAUUAUAAGAAUCAUGUAGCUAAGUACGGAGACGCAGCGCAGCGGGGCCCGGCGUGGUAUUCCAUGGACUCACAAGAGUACAAGUCAUCAAAGGUUGAAGACAGUGGUUCCGAGACCAGUACACGUGUUUAUCGUACGUGCACUCCGUGUCCUCACGAUAUGCUGAAGAAAUACACUAAUAAGGGCAUCAAAUGGAUCUGUGCGGGCUAUCAGCGAGCACGGAGAACGUUUAAAAGCGAGUGCAUGAUGCGCUUCAGGAACUGCCAGGACGGCACAAAAAUAUCUGAAGUUAAACAAAAUGAAAUGAUUGGUUCUGUGGAAGAGUUCAGCCAUGGUGCAGUUGUUAACGGCGCAGAUAAUCAUUUUCAUUGCUUUUGGAGAAAAUGGCAUCGCAAAUGUCCACGCUGUCCCGAAGAUAUGGCGAAGAAAUGGCGCGACCCCAGCAUGAAGUGGAUCUGCGGUGCCUACCAACGAGCUCGACGCACGUUCAAGAGCAAAUGUAUGAUGAUAUACAGAAACUGCCAAGACGGGACAAUGUUUGUGGAGAUACACCAAGGGCGAUGUCAAAAUGAUAGCGAAAAUGAUCCGCAACCACAUGGUGAUCAUUUCUUCUACGAGUACAGAGUCUUUUUGAGUGAUGACUCUUCAGACCAAUCCAAGAGUGCUUCGUCAGAGCAAGCAAGCGGUGCGGAUACGGACUACUAA